UUUCGUUUUCUUUUUAUUCCUUUGUCUGAUCCUCACAAGAAAUCCUCAGCCAGCCCUCAAUCAUCGCAGAAUCUACACGAACAAACCACCCACGAUUCUCUCAAUUCAAUAUCUCGAAAUCUUGAAUCUUUUUUUUUCCUCGUUCAAUCGGAAAGUUUUCGCUUCAAUCUUCCAUCUUUGCUUCAUUUCUCUGAAAAUUCUCCCUCCGAUUCUUGAACUCCCAAUCCGUGUAAAGUUCACAGCUUUAUCUCCAAAACCCAUGCUCCCAAUACUAUCACACUAGAUUUUCUCUCGACUUUGUUCUUUAUUUUUACUUGAUAAGCUAUGGCUGCUGCGCUGAGGUCCAAAUCAUGUAGAGAGACAGCUUCUGCAACUGCUUCUCACGUCAGAUACUUCAUUCUCAACCAUAUGCAAGCCGGGCGCUUGGGUAAUAUCGGGUGGAAUUCGAGGAUAAAGUCAAAGAACUGCUUCACGAACUCCCGCCAUAGUUUCAGUUUGUUCAAGCCCGUAUCGGUUCGCGGGGAAUUCGUUGACCGAGGGUACGAUAAUUCGAGGAAUCUUUCGUCUUGUGCCAAAAUCGACAUUUCGAGCUCUUAUGGGGAUCCGCCGGAAGUUUGGCAGCCUCCGGGGGACGGAAUUGUGGUGCGCCCGGGUGUGAAGUUCGUUCAGGUGGGCGAAGUGGACGGUCCGAGCUCGGGGUCUGGUGGUGGGUUUGGGUCAGGGGCUAAAGAUGGGUGCUGGGGAGGCUCCAAUUUGGGUCCAAAUUUUCCGACCCCCAAGGAAAUUUGCAAAGGGCUUGAUAAGUUUGUAAUUGGCCAGGAAAGAGCCAAAAAGGUCCUCUCUGUAGCUGUAUAUAAUCAUUAUAAGAGAAUCUACAAUGACUCUGCUCAAAAGUGGAACCCCGAAAAAAAUGACAGUGACAAAGUGGAGGGAACCGAACAUGAGGCUGUGGAGCUGGAGAAGAGUAAUAUUCUUGUAAUGGGUCCAACAGGUUCAGGGAAAACAUUACUAGCCAAGACCUUGGCACGAUUGGUAAAUGUUCCCUUUGUAAUAGCAGAUGCCACUACUCUUACUCAGGCAGGGUAUGUUGGGGAAGAUGUAGAAUCCAUUCUAUAUAAACUCCUAAUGGUUGCUGACUAUAAUGUGCAAGCUGCUCAACAGGGCAUAGUAUAUAUAGAUGAAGUUGAUAAAAUAACAAAGAAGGCUGAGAGCCUCAACAUCAGUAGAGAUGUUUCAGGGGAGGGUGUUCAGCAGGCAUUGUUGAAAAUGCUUGAAGGAACAAUUGUAAAUGUUCCUGAAAAGGGAGCUCGGAAGCACCCUCGAGGUGAUAACAUUCAGAUUGACACAAAGGACAUUCUCUUUAUAUGUGGUGGUGCCUUUAUUGACUUGGAGAAGACAAUCUCAGAAAGACGUCAAGAUUCCUCCAUUGGCUUUGGCGCACCAGUACGUACAAAUAUGAGAACUGGUGGUGUAACGAGUGCUGUAGUGACCUCAACUUUAUUGGAGACGGUUGAAAGUAGUGACUUAAUUUCCUAUGGUUUGAUACCGGAGUUUGUUGGACGAUUUCCCAUCCUUGUUAGUUUAACUGCUCUUACUGAGGAUCAACUUGUGCAGGUUUUAACAGAGCCAAAAAAUGCACUUGGGAAGCAAUACAAAAAAAUGUUCCAAAUGAAUAAUGUAAAACUGCAUUUCACCGAAGAUGCUUUGAGAUCAAUAGCUAGGAAGGCAAUCACUAAGAAUACAGGAGCCCGUGGAUUGAGAUCCAUAUUGGAAAGUAUUUUGAUGGAUGCUAUGUAUGAGAUCCCUGAUGUCAGGUCCGGUGAUAAUGUAAUAGAUGCUGUUAUAGUUGACGAUGAGGCUGUAGGACACGAGGGGCGUGGAUGUGGGGCCAAAAUCCUUUAUGGUAAGGGGGCGUUGGACUGCUAUCUUUCAGGAAAUAAACAAAACGAACCCAAGAAAAUUGUGGAGGGGUCUGAGGCUGAUAUCGAGGUGGAACGAGAUCUUCCUUCUAUUGUUGCUUUGUAGACACCACCUGCCACGCACCUCGAGAUCUAUUACCAUUCUCAUCUGUGUAUAGUAUCUAAUAUCUGAAUUCCAAAAAGCAAUUAGGCUGUGUUGUAAUGCUAUUUUUCUCUCAGGCCUUUACCACAUUGGACUAAUUGAUAGUGUUAUCAUCAUCAGCUCAUUCAUUCAUCUAGAUAGGUGAAACAAUGUGGUGGAAUGAACUAUGACUACCUCCUCUGUGGUCUUUUCCUUGAAAUAAUAUAGGAUAUAUUUCACCUUUCGUAUGA